AUGUCCUUCAGUGCCACCAUUCUCUUCUCCCCUCCCAGUGGCAGCGAGGCCAGAUGCUGCUGCUGUGGCUGUAAGAGUGAGACUGGUGGGGGCAGCACAGGCUCUCAGGGCGGGAAUCCUCCUCCCAGCACCCCCAUCACAGUGACUGGACACGGCCUGGCCGUGCAGAGCUCAGAGCAGCUCCUGCAUAUUAUCUACCAGCGGGUGGAUAAGGCAGUGGGUCUGGCUGAAGCCGCUCUGGGGCUUGCCAGGGCCAACAAUGAGUUGUUAAAACGUCUCCAGGAGGAAGUGGGUGAGCUAAGGCAAGGGAAAGUGUCCAUCCCUGAUGAAGAUGGGGAAAGCGGGGCACAUAGUUCCCCACCUGAGGAGCCUGGGCCUCUCAAGGAGAGUCCUGGGGAAGCCUGCAAGGCUCUGUCUGCCGUGGAAGAGGAGUGUGACAGCGUGGGCAGCGGCGUGCAGGUGGUGAUCGAGGAGCUGCGGCAGCUGGGAGCGGCCUCGGCUGUGGGGCCUGGGCCUCUGGGCUUCCCGGCCACCCAGAGAGACAUGAGGCUCCCGGGAUGCGCCAUGGCAGCCAGCGAGGGGGCCCCACUGCUCAAUCCCCUGGUGGAUGACUAUGUGGCCUCUGAGGGUGCAGUGCAGCGAGUGCUGGUCCCCGCUUAUGCCAAGCAGCUUUCACCAGCCACACAACUGGCUAUCCAGCGGGCAACCUCAGAGACAGGGCCAGAAAAUGGAACCAAGCUGCCACUACCCCGCCCUGAGGACAUGCUCAAUGUUGCUGCUGCAUUGGACGGUGCCUUGGAAGAGUCAGGCCCUGGGAGCACUGGCGAGCUGAGACACUCUCUAGCAUUUACUGCUUCCCCAUGCAGGACCAGAGGAAGUGGGCAGAAGAAUUCUAGGCGCAAGCGGGAUCUGGUACUCUCUAAAUUGGUCCACAAUGUGCAUAACCACAUCACCAAUGACAAGAGAUUCAAUGGGUCUGAAAGCAUCAAGUCCUCUUGGAAUAUUUCAGUAGUAAAGUUUCUUCUGGAAAAGCUCAAGCAGGAGCUGGUUACCAGUCCCCACAAUUACACUGAUAAGGAGCUGAAAGGAGCCUGCGUGGCUUACUUCCUUACUAAGAGGCGUGAGUACCGCAACUCCUUGAACCCCUUUAAAGGCCUGAAGGAAAAAGAGGAGAAGAAACUUCGAAGUCGCCGAUACCGGCUUUUUGCCAACCGAUCCAGCAUCAUGAGGCAUUUUGGACCUGAAGACCAACGCCUGUGGAAGGAUGUGACAGAAGAGCUGAUGUCAGAUGAAGAGGACAGCCUUAACGAGCCAGGUGUCUGGGUGGCCCGCCCUCCCCGUUUCCGGGCCCAGCGCCUCACAGAGCUCUGCUACCACCUGGAUGCUAACUCUAAACAUGGCACCAAAGCCAACCGUGUAUAUGGGCCUCCCUCAGACAGACUGCCUUCUGCUGAAGCCCAGCUCCUUCCACCAGAACUUUACAAUCCUAAUUUCCAAGAAGAGGAAGAUGAGGGAGGUGAUGAGAAUGCACCCGCCUCCCCAUCUUUUGACCAACCCCACAAAACCUGCUGUCCUGACUUGAACUCAUUCAUUGAAAUCAAGGUGGAAAAGGAUGAAUGA